UAAGACCAACCAUGCAGCGACCACCCUCUACAUUCCUGACCUCCCCACCGUCCCCCAACGCCCGAUGCCAUCGCAUCAACUUCGAAAACUCCCAGCCACCACUCCCGGAAUACAAGAACCUCUGCGCCGCAGUGAUAGACAACGCAUUCAGCGAAGAAGAAUGCGCCGAACUAAUCCGCAUUGCGGAGUCCAGCACCAUCCCUCCCGGUGACUCUUCCGCUACACCUACCUGGGAACGCGCCAUGAUCAACAUCGGAAAUGGCAGGCAAGCGCUCGCAACAGAUACCCGGAAUUGCGGCCGCAUUAUCUAUGAUUCCGAGGAUAUAGCUGAUAAGCUGUUGGCUCGGUUACUGCCGUUCUUCAAGGAGUUGGGAAUUGACAAGAUUGACAAUCAACCUCGGGUGACGGGCCUUGCGGGCCGGAAUAAGGCUUAUGGAAUGACUCGGUUGAAUGAGCGGUUGAGGUUCCUUAAGUAUGAAGGGGGAGAGUACUUUAGGCCGCAUUGGGAUGCGCUAUAUAAGACGCCUGAUGGGAAGGAGAAGUCGUAUUAUACUAUUCAGUUGUAUUUGAGUGGGCAGGGGGAGCAGGAUCUUGGAGAGCUGAAGAGGGAAAUGCAGAGGGUUGAGCGGGGAGAGGGAGAGGUGAAUCUGGAUGUGAAGGGGGAGCUGCUGGGUGGAGCGACGUCUUUUCUACCCCGAUAUGAGGAGAAGGAGAGACAUUUGCGUGUCUUUCCGAAGACGGGCUCGGUGUUGGUGUUUCAGCAGAUGGAUCUGCUUCAUGGUGGGGAUCCGGUUCUGAGGGGGACGAAGUAUACGAUGCGGACGGAUGUGAUGUAUCAGCAGUUGUGAUGGUUGUAUAGCCAGCCAAUUCGAUACUAAAAGAUAGUUUAUUUCUGUAAUUCAGUGUUUGUGUGUAUAGCUAUCAUCUGGCUGACAUGAGAGAUCUAUCGAUGUAAGCUGAC